AUGAAGGGUUUGGAAGGGGUCAUGGGAAUGCUGGUUCUGGUUGCAAGUGGUCGUAGCAGAGAGGGGUUGUUUGGAGGCAGGGUUGCGCAAGAAAUCAGGAGUCGGUGUGAUGCGCUGGGACAGCAAGUGAAUGAUGCGGAAUGCUUCCAUAUGGCGUGUGCAGGCGAGCUGUGCGACUGGCGCGAACUUCGACAACGUCCUUCGAGCAACCGAGCACUGCCAGUAGCAGCGGCACUCAGCAUGCUAAGAUGGCAGAGGCUGCGCUUCGUGAAGAGAGCGUGGUGGAAGAUGGGGCGCGAGAUCGGUGUGGAACGAGACGGGAGUUUUACAUGCGUGAGGAAGAGAUCAAGCUGGCCAAGAGUACGGGCGUGGGCAUCGGAGAAGAAAGGAACAUCGCUGGUGAGUGUCUUAUUAAUGAAGUCACUGCAUCGUAAAGCUUACCUAAUGGACGCGUUGCUCGCCUCAAAAUGUCCGAACGGAGGCCCACUCAGUGGUAUGAGGAUUUCUCUCUUUGAUUUGCAUUCGAGACGCCUCCCGGAACGACUGCUGAUCGCUGGUGCAUCGAGUGUUUCAAUUGUCGAAACAGCACAGAAUGAAGCUCAGAAAGCAAAGAAACGAUUGACACUGUGCUUAUUGAAUGUUCGCUACAUCACACCCCAACCUGUAGUUGCAGUUUUUUUGAAUGCAUUUAUAGUUCGGUGUGAUAAAUGUAUUGGAAUUUAG